AGUGCGUAGGUACAUCCGCGCACACUACACGCUUCCGCACCGCCCGUCGCAGCUUUUGCUGUGGGUGCCAAUCUUCUUUUGUUUGUUUGUUUCCCUCGAGUAGGAGGCAACGACACACAAUCGUGAAAACAUCGAGCGACAAGGUAGAACACCGCAACAACGAAUUUUUUCCCAGGCAGCAAGCACGUUUCUUCUGCUUGUCUGCCUCCAUCACAUUCGGUAGACCCGCAAGCAAGUUUCUUUUUAGUUUUCUUGUCAACGUCUCGAGCUCUCACUUCGCGCUGUCGUUCUCUUCUUCUUUUUGAUCAGAGAAACGAUUGCAGCGCGGUGCCACGUCUCUUCUUGCUAUCUUUUUUGUUUUGAUGUGUUUGCUGGUCGUCAAGUCUUCCUUUUGAAUCUUUUAUUAUUAUUUGUAGAUCUGACAUCAUGGCGCUGCAGAUAUUGGUAAAUAAUAUUGUAUUUGCGCCGCCAAACAACGCGAACUCGUUGGAGGCGGUGCAGCUACAGCAGAACAAGUGCAACAUGGAGUUUGUUCGUAAAAAGGAUGAUCGGCACAUUGCUUACUACCACGUCGCACCUGGUGGUGGCCGCGUCACGCAGGACCGCCUCCGCGAGGUGACGCAGACCGCUACGGUAGUGUUGUUUCACCACGGCAACGCCGAGGAUCUGGGCGGGUGCUACCACUACGUGGAGUGGUUCGCCGCCUCCUUUGGGGUCGCGGUGGUCAUGUACGACUACUGCGGCUACGGCCUCUCAGGCGGCCUCGACACGCGCGGCACCGCGUCUUUCUCCGUUACGGAGAAGACGGUGUACAGCGAUGCCGAUGACAUGUAUGCCCAGGUGCUCAAAUUGGGCUACCCAGCGCACCGCAUCAUCAUCGUCGGCCGCUCCGUCGGCGGAGGCCCUGCGUGCUAUCUUGCCCAGAAGCAUCACAAUGAAAUUGGCGGGCUCAUUCUCAUCUCCACCUUCACCUCCUGUCUACGUGUUGUGUCGUCGUGUUGCUUGCCAUCCUUUUGCUGUUGUGUCGACUUGUUCCCCAACUACCGCCGCGUGAAGGUGGUGAUGGAGUGUCCGGUCCUCAUCAUGCACGGCACGGAUGACAGGGUGGUGCCCUAUCACUGCUCCUGCGAGCUGCUCGAGACGAUCGAUGAGCGCCGUGCGAGUACGCUACAGGGACUGCAGCGCCACCGCAAGAGAGCAGCAGCGAGACGGAAAGACGGCAGCGCGGCGCAAAGCCCGCUGAAGGCGUCGUCCAGCGCAAGAAGUAACCAGUCUCUAUCCGGGGCACAUGUGAGCAACGCGGAGCCGUGGUAUCCGCCGGCGCCUGGCGAUUUGGACAGCGUCUACGAUCUCUAUCGGCGCGCCUAUGCGGCAAUUCCAGAGGCGAUCCGCAGCGACGCUGCCCGCGACGUCGGCUUUGGCACCCACGAGGCUCAGAUAGGCACGUUUCACAAGUGGUUCCCGGGCUGCGGGCACAACGACAUUGAGAAUCGAGAAAUGCAGAUGUUUGGGCAGGCGGUAACGUGGUUUGUGCGUUUUGCCAAGGCGUUCUCUGUUGAGCGGGGCAAGUAG